AUGAGUAUUACUGAGAGUGAGGCCAAUUUUAGCUCCCGGGCUGCGAAACUCGGCUUGAAAGCUGAGGUGAUUCAGCUGCUUGUCGAUGGUGGCGUCAAUACUCUUGCCAAAUUUGCUUAUGUGAGCAGCUUCAUUCCGGGUCAGAGUGAUGAGGGUCCUUUUGUGACUUCCAUAAAGGACUUGUUGAAGAGGGAUGCUACCGUGGGGGAGCUUUCGGUGCUGCGCCGAUUGCACUCUGAGGCCUUUGCUUUGGUCGCGGCCGAGCUUAAAUCUCAGGUUGAGCGCACCACCGAUGCACCAGCGAGGAGCCUUGCCGCUCCUGAUCGAGCAGAUCGUCUGGCUCGUCAAGUGGUGCGGUAUCCAGGCUUGACUAUCGCCGGGCCUAAUGAACCGAGUGACAGGUCAGUGGACAAGUGUUGUCAAAUGUAUGAAAACAAUCGCCUUACAUAUCUUCCGCUGAGUUGGUGCAUGAGCAAGGACGAUGAGACUCGGAAUUCCCGGGACAAGGAGGAUCGUACCCUCACAGUUGACAAUAGCGGUAAUGUUCACAUCAAGAACGCCGACAUUCGAGGUGAGGCCGACUUGAGCACUGACUUGUUACUGAAAUUCGCCCUCACUCGGCGAGGACUCGCGAUGGAACAGGCCGGAUUGUUAGGUUUCAAAGAACAUGAGAAAUGGGCUGAGCGCCUGUUGCACUCCAGAUAUCGUGAGGUGCCUUCGGGAUACACCCGAGUCAGCAUACAGCAGCUGCUUCAAGCCGAUAAGCAAUUGUUUGUCACCGCUGCUAAUGAGUGUCGCAGUGGAGUGCAAGUCACGGAGACCGGUCGUCCAUUGGACGAGGCGUGGAUGCGUUGCGCCGAUUUGACCGAGGUGUCUCAUUUGCUCGCUCCUCUCGCGUCGCCUCCUCCCGCUAAGAUUCCCUUUGAAAGACCCACUCCGUAUGGCCGUGGCAAAGGUCGGGGCAAAGGAUCUGGUAAGGGUAAGCAACCGUCACGCCGCGAGGUGACCAUGCCAGAGGACCUAAAGGACGGGCACGCAAACACCCCGAAAGGAGUGCCCAUUUGCUUUGAUGCUCAGAGGGGCAAAUGCACUAGGCAAUUGACAGGCAACAAGUGCUUCAGGGGUGCUCACGCUCCUGCUCCCAAGAUUGCACGCGUUUCACUUCAAACCAAUCUUCAGGCUGAUGAGGUCAAGGCCAUCGAUGAAAUUGAGUCGAUCAGUAGCGCAAGUCUUGAUCACGAAUUCAAGGGUUCGGUCGAGGAUCGAGCUCUGACCCUGCUGAACAAUGCUGGUGUUGUUUCCCCCACUGAUUUAUUACUUGAGAUCUUCCAAUCACUCCCCACAGAGGCUUCCGUCCGAGGUGACCCAUCACAAGGGGUCUCCUUCUCGACAGGUGCCUAUUGCAGAGUCAAGGUUGGGCUGCGACGUAAUGUCUUGCUCUUCCCGAAUGUGACAAAGUUGGCCGCGCGCUUUGUGCGACAGCAGCUGCCCAGCUUAAAGUUCACGAGCUUAGCAUUCUUUCGCAACGUUCAAACCACACCUCAUGUGGAUGCGCAUAAUUCUUCUUUGCCCAAUGCUGUGUGUGCAUUGUCUGACUUCGAUCAGGGACAGGUGUGGGUUGAGAGACCAGGCGGCCAAGCUUGGUGCGAUGUUGAUGGCGAACUACGCAGUGGAGUCGAACUCAGCUUGAAUGGGAGUCAUGCCGUCUUCACCGCUCGACGCUUGACUCACGUUCAGGCCAAGCCGGUUGACCAGCCUGGUAUUGUGCUCGAGCUGUUUGCCCGUGCAGGCUCUUUGUCCCGAGCCUUUCAUCAGAUUGGCUUUGAGGUCAUGCCCAUAGAUAGGGGAAGUCACCGGCUUCCGUUGGCCAAGUUGUGCUCACUGGAUCUUGCCUUGCCGAGCUCGUGGCAGUAUCUUUCGCAUGUGCUUGACAACUAUCAUGUUCGGUACGUGCACAUUGAUCUGCCGUAUGCCACCUAUGGACCUAAGCAGGGCCUCCGACGACUGUCCCAUGGAUCUGUAGUUCCUGUAGGAGGCGCCGACGCCUCUCAGGUUCAAAGGCUCGCAUUGGCCGACUCCUUGUUGGAACAUGUCAUCACCUUCUUAAAACGAGUUCAACAAAUGGGCAUCGCCUGGUCCAUUGAGCAUCCGCAGUCCAGCUUCCUGUGGCAUAUGCCUGCUGUGCGCCAGCUCACCAACACCACUACCGUGGUGUACGAUUUGUGUGCCUUCGAUUCUCCGCAUCGCUUGCGGAGGCAACUGCUAACGUCUUGUAGUGCACUCAAGUGUUUACAACAAGUGUGCCAUGGUAAUCACAGUCACACGCCUGUGACUGGCGGUGUUGAUACUCAUCCCAGGCUUUUCUGUCAGCAGGUUGCCCACGCCGUGGCUAAACACUGUGGCUUUGACCCCCUUUUGUCUCCGCUGCAGUCCAGCCCUCCGCCUGUCACACAGCAGCGUCGGGGUAAACUUGGUGCGAGCCUCAUCAGAGAAUUUGGUCGCGUUUGCAGAUGUCGUGUGCCACAGAUUCCGCCUGUGGAUCAUAAAAAUUGCUUGCAGCACGCCAUCGGUGACAUCCCCGCAGGCUCCAAACUUCUCGCCACUCAGGAGACGGGGGAGUCGGGUGGCUUCGAACUUAGUGUUGGUGUGUAUGCAACACCGGAUGAGUUUCUGGAGGAGGCCAAAGGAUUACGGCAUCCCUUCGAAACGUUUGCUGUCAUCCCCGACGAAGUGAAACGAAAGCUUCAUGAGGCCUUGGUGAAGGGCCCUGAGUGGGUUGGUAGGCAACGUGUGGCCACUCUCAACAAGUGGUUAGAAUGGGCCAGGGAAUUGGAGGAACCAGAGUCCCGACUUAAGGAGGGCCUCGAACCUGGUGUGAGGUCUGUGUUAGGAUCAAAGAGGCUUCUCUUGCUCAAACGCAUUGCUGAUGACUUGAAGUGGCCCGACGAUGGAUGGUUUGAGGAUACUUGUAAGGGUUUUGGUUUGGUUGGUUGGCAGAAGCCCACUGGUGUCUUUAGAAAGGAGCCUCGUCCCCAGGAGAGGACGGCUGACGAGUUUACUAAGGCCUGUAAGUACAUCCGUCCGGCGCUUUUGGGUAAGGUUUUGUCCGAGGGUUUGAAUGAGCAUUCUUCGGAACUGUGGGAUAAGACUUUGACUGAGGUUGCCGAAGGGUUCUUGGAGGGACCACUUACCGAAGAAGAGCUGACGAGAAGGUACGGCGACGCAUGGGCCCCUGUGCGCCGGUUCGCCGUGAUUCAAUCUUCUGGAGGCAAGCGCAAGUUGAGACCGAUUGACGACUACUCCGAGAACUUAGUUAAUGGUUCUUUUUCUUAUGGGGAUAAGCUAGAUCUAAGGGCACUUGACGAGAUCAUUGCAAUAUGUCGCUUUUGGAUCCGAGCUCACACGACGGAGCAUCAAUUCUUUCUGGACAUGGCCAGCGGACCACCGUUGGUUGGUCGAGUGCACCCUGCUUGGGCGGGUUCGUCGUGGUGUCCUGAGCUGUGCACCUUUGAUUUGAAGAAUGCUUAUCGCCAAUUUGCGUUGAACCCGAGCCAUCGUGCCUUCUCCGUCGUUGCCCUUCUCAAUCCGGAUAAUGGCGACUUGGGAUUGUUUGAGGGUAAGGCUCUGCCUUUUGGAAGCACAUCGUCCGUGCUCCAUUUCAACAGGUUGUCUAGGUUGCUGUGGCGGAUAGGUUUGGAGGUCUUCCUGUUCUGGGCCAACUUCGUUGACGAUUAUCCAGUGAUGAGCCCGUGCUGUCUUUCAGGUUCCACCAUGGACACCUUGCUUGUGUUGUCCUCAGUGCUUGGUUUUUCCGCAUCCCUUGACAAACUGAACCCAUUUGCAGACGUCGCUUCCAUGCUUGGGGUCGAGAUUGACUUGAAAGGAGCCAGGGAAGGUGUCAUUCGGAUUAGGAACAAGGAAGGCCGAUCCAGUGAGGUGUGUGAUGCCAUCCGUGAAUGCAUCAGUGAAGGUUGCAUCAAGAUGCGUACUUUUGCCAGGGUUGCAGGUCGUGUCCAGUUCUCCGAUGCGCAAGUCAUGGGGAGAACCGGAAAGCUCGCAUUGGCGGAGCUGAGAGCCGCUUCCACACGCCACGCAUCCCGGUUUGUCCUGGGUCCCCGCGAGAUCGAGGCUUUCGAGUUUCUCAUUGAUCGCCUCUCUUUCGGUUCCCCUAGGGUAGUCCCUUGUGUGGUUGCCCCUAAGCCUGUUUUGAUCUUCACGGACGGAGCAAGCGAACAGUCUGGCAACACCGUUGGAGGUAUUCUUUACUCUCCUUCUGAUGCGCGGCCCCGAUUCUUUUCUUGCGAAGUUCCUUGUGCCUUGGCAGACCGAUGGAGGCAGCAUCUGAAGCAUAUUAUCGGACCCGUUGAGGCGUACGCUGUCGCCCUGGCACGCAAGGCUUUCCACCAGUACAUGUCUGGACAGUAUUGCCUUUUCUUCGUUGACAACGACGCUGUCCUUCUCAGCUUUGUGCGAGGAACGUCCAACAGUGAUCACUUUCGAGAGCUGCUUCUCACAUGGGAAUGCUGUGAGAAACAUGGUCCAUCGUGGACUUACUGGACAAGGGUCCCUUCCGCAUCCAAUCCUUCAGACGACCCGUCACGCGGUGAGUUCAGAGCACUUGUUGAUUCGGGUGCAUUGCGAGUUAAGUGCUCAUGCCCCAUCUCGGGCAUCCCGCUGGUCGACUUGUAA